AUGGACCAUGUCAAGAAGAACUUCACCUUAAUGGGAAUCAGCGCCGUCUUAUUAGCAGUGACAGUUACCAGUGCAGUUGUAAAUGCUGAAGUACAAAGUGGUUCUAACCAAAAGGCGAUUGAGUUCCUAGAAAAGGGCCCAAACGAUAAUGCAUGGUGGGCUACAGAUAAGAAGCGGUCAAAUCUUAAUGUUGAUCCAAAAGCAUUAAAGCCUAAUGUAGUUGUGGCUCAAGAUGGUUCAGGAACGUUUAGUACCAUCAUGGAUGCGGUUAGAAGUGUUCCCCAAAAUAACAAGCAUCGGUUUAUCAUCUUCAUUAAGCAAGGGACAUACAUGGAGUAUGUAGACAUACCAGAUGGUGUUGAUAAUGUCGUUUUCAUUGGCGAAGGUCCAACCAAAACCAGGAUCUCCGGAAGCAGAAGCUACGAUGAUGUAAAUGAUACUUACAGGACAGCUACUGUUGGGGUCAAUGGAGCUGGCUUUAUGGCGAAAGGAAUAGGGUUUGAGAACACGUCGGGCCCACUUAAGCAUCAGGCAGUCGCCCUACGUGUCUCUGGUGACAGGGCCAUUUUCAACAACUGUGCAAUUGAUGGAUACCAAGACGCCCUUUACGCCGAGUCACAACGCCAGUUUUACCGCCAUUGCACCAUCAGGGGAACAGUUGAUUUUAUAUUUGGUGACGCACAAGCCGUCUUCCAAGACUGCAAGAUAAUUGUCCGAAAACCCCUUGAAAACCAAGUUUGUGUGGUUACAGCCCAGGGACGGAGUAAUCCCACAUCAAAAGGGGCACUAAUCAUUCAGGGUUGCACCAUCACAGCGGAACCAGCCUACAUGGCCACCAACCCAAUGCCAAAAUCCUACCUCGGCCGCCCAUGGGGAAUUUACUCGACAACCAUAAUCAUGCAGUCGUUUAUUGACAGAAACAUAGACCCAGAAGGGUGGUCACCAUGGGACGAAACAAGAGCCGGGCUUGACACAUGUCACUAUGCAGAGUUUGAUAACAGAGGACCAGGGGCUAACACAGCCCAAAGGGUAAAUGGGAAGGGUAUCAAGAAAAUAAGCCCACAAGAGGCUGAUAGUUAUACUCCUGGGAAAUAUAUAAAUGGAGGUUUAUGGAUUAAGCCAGCCCGUGUCCCUUAUGAUCCCGGCAUGAUGAAUGUCUACAAGACCGGCUAUCAGGAGCCUUAUGGGGUGCAAAUAGGCCAGGCCCACAACCAUUUAAGGGCCCAUAAUUUUCUUUAUAUACUCGUAUUUAUAGGCUUUUUCAAGAUCCAGUAA